AAAUAGAACGUCCCAAGUUCUUCGUAGACCCUCCCUAUUACAUUACGCGCAAUCGAUAUUCAUCAGCCCGGCUCAUGUCAGCUAAUACGUAACCGUAGUGCCGUAGUUAGGCAAAAACACAAAAACUUCAUAUUAUUAUCAUAAUAAACCAACUCCAUCGCAAUUGGCUUUUCUCCGUCUCUCGCUUCUUCUUUGAAUCGAGUUUUGCAAUUUCAACCCUUCGCGACCCUAAGUCGACUAGGUACAUCUAAUACAUAUCCGAUACAUCCAAUACGUACAAAUAUAUUUCAGUUGAAACUAGCCCAAGCCCUUGUUAGCUAAGUUUCGACAACCCCAUCAGCCGCAAAGCCGCCCCUAAAAUACGACGCAGCCUACUUGGCUGUUUUGGUUGCUUCUACAAGCUUCGUACUACUCUGAGUCUAUAUCCAGAGCUUAGCCGUUACAAAAUGGCGGCAAUCAUCGAGAAGUUAGAUAUCAACCCCGAUAAGGUGCCCAACACCAAGCUCGGCCUCCACAUCUUUCAGGGCAUCUUAGGCCUCGUAAUAUUUAUACUCGAGAUCGUCUUGUUCCGAGCGGAUAAUUCGGUCAUCAACGGUAAUAAUGGCUGGCCUUUCGGACUGUGUUUCUUAUCCGUCCCGGCCUGGAUCUACUUAGCUAUGUCACCGCGAUUCGAGCGAACUCGGAAGAUUGCCGAACCACAUGCGAUGGUCGUCGUCGAUUCCGUCUUCGCUAUCUUCUGGUUAUCUGCUUUCGCCAGUCAAGCAGCUUACAACACCGCGAAUUCGUGUGGAUCAGCGUGCGCUGUCAGCAAGGCUAUCGUUGGGAUCGCCUUCUUUCAAAUGCUUUCCUGGGUUGCGACAACAGCUAUCAGCGUAUACACGUUGAGAUACUACCGGCAGACCGACAGUCUUCCCGGGUACGAUAACCUUAACGCGAGCCAGAACAUCGACCCCGAUAAGGCGGCUUUCUCGAUGGCGCCCCACGACGAGGAAGCAUAUGCGCCCGUGCACAUGGACGAUCAUCAUGACGAGCACGACCACGACAGUCCCUACGAUCCGGAUUCGUUUGGUGGCCGACUCGACACCGAUACCGCGUAUAGACCACAUAGCACAUCUCCCGCUCCCCUCGAAAACCCAUUCGAUAACGCAUACCGAUCGCACAGCCAUUCGCCGUCGCACAGCGACCUCUACGGCGACCCAUACGCCUCCGUAUCAUCCAGACCUUCUCAGCCUCACAUAUACGCUCCGCCCGCGGCAGAGGACUACGAUGACGAUAGACCGGUGCAAUUCCCUAGCGCGAAUUACGACCGCACAUUGCGUUAAGUACCUUAAGUUGGCGUAACGGUAUCCCGUUGCCGGAAUAUGCGGUAGCAGCUCGAGGGGUGUGUACCUUGUGAUGGUAUGAUACGAAUAAUACCUAUACGAAGUAGAUUUACGUGUCGUUGGAACGAGAGCGGCGGGCUAGUAUAAAACUCACGACGGUUGAAAGGUGUUCCGGAUACAUAUGCUCAUUACGACACUUCACAGAUAUCAGGAUAGUGUCUACGAUUGUUGCGGUUAUGUUUGUUUCGAUAGUUCUGGUCUGCAAAUAUAUCCAUUGAAGAUUCAAUAUUCUUUGGGGUUCUCGGGUUCUCUAGGGGUUGACAUGGCAUGCUUGACCUCGUGGUACUGUACUACUCUACUAAUUACGGAUUGUUGUCUAGGCUGGUUCGUAAUACAUGGAUAUGUGGGCAUUUUGGGUAUUUGGACGACGGUAGUUAAGUUGCCAAUGAUAUUUUAGUUUUAGCGCCUUGAAGAGCACUA